GUGGAGCCGGGACGCUAAACGUCGGUGUUGACUUCCGGGUUUGAAGCUAACGCUAGCCGCUGAUCUCCAGUCAGUUCCAGCUGAGUGAGGAUGAGACUUCAACACCUUUAAAACACUUUAUUUCAUCUCCUGUCCCUGACGGAGGAUCAGUCCCUCUCAGUCCGGACGGAACCAGCGCGAGGAGACGCUCGAACACGUCAGCGGCGAUGAGCAGCAGCUCUCUCUCCGUGCAGAUGGACGAGGUCCGGAGGAGAGCUCAGGCCGUCCUGUCCUCCACCGGCGUCGCCCAGGACGUGAAGACUCACGUCCAGACGAUGGCGAGCAUCGCUCUGCCGCUGUCGGAGAAGUACCGGCACCUCACAGCCGAGGACAUGCUGAGGGAGAACAGCGCCAGCCGCAGCAAGCAGGAGGUUCUGGAGUCUCUGAGCAGACUGGUGAAGGCCUUGGGUAUUCUGGAGAAGUACGGCUGUAACCUGACCUUCCCCAACCGGCCCAAGUACUGGAGGAGCGUGAAGCACAACAACCCGGUCUUCAGAACCACGGUGGACGCCAUCAAGGGAGGCCGCCGAGUCCUCUUUCUCUACGGUUACACCAAUCAGCAAAUCGAUGGCCUCAGUUUUCCGGAUGAAGUCGUCCAACCAGACUCUGAGAAAGUUGCCGCAGUGACGCUGGAGGUCAUGACCUUACGCACCGAGGUGGACAUGAUCGUUAAGGGCACCCAUCCUCACCUAGAGCACUUCAAAGAUAUCUUCCCAUUUCUCGAGCAGCAGGAAUCGGUGGUGAAUGACUUGGUGGUUAUUCCGCCUGUGGAGGAGCAGCCGGGAGACAAACCACAGGUCAUCUCUCCUUCACCCAUACCGGCCCCGGGCCCCGUGGGUCAGCCCCUGCAGCCCUCAGCUGGAUCUCCUGCAGCUUGUAAUGUGUGUGGUUGCCCCUCGUCUCUGGUUUGCCCCUCAUGUGAGAGUCCGGCCUUCUGUGACGCAUGUGAUGCUCUCUUUCAUCGCCACCCGUCCAGAGCCGCUCACAAGAGAGACAAAAUACAGAAAAUCAAACUGGAGACCUGUGGUAUCUGUGGUGUCUCCACUGUCCAGUCCCAGUGCUCCACCUGUAACCAGAGGUUGUGUCUGAACUGUGACAAACUGUUUCACUCGCACCCCGACCGCAAAGGACACAACCGGUCCGUCCUCGCAGCAGCCAAAACAGCCAGUCUGUCUCUGUCUCCUUGGGCCUGUGCACGCUGCACCACGGUGAACGAGAUGCGAGCUGUUCUCUGCUCGACCUGCGAGCGGCCUCGACUCUCCACGGCUGCUUCCUCCGCUCAGGACAGUCCGGUUCCCACCUCACCAAACACCGAGUGGCAGUGUAAGAGCUGCACUGUUAUGAAUCAAGGCAGCAGCAUCCUGUGUGAGGUGUGUGAGCGCCCCCGUCUGGCCACUCGCCCGCCUGUCGCCCCGGUCCCGUCCAGCUGUGGAUCUCAGUCUGAUACCAACACAAAGUGGACGUGUCAGUUCUGCACCUAUGUGAACACCAAGCCCACUGGGGUGUGUGAGAUGUGCAGCCUGCCGUGUAAAGACUCUCCCGGCGACUCGGUGCCUCAGUCUCUUCAGCAGCCGCCGUCCAUCACCAAGGAUCAAACUCAGCCCGCGGCCGUGAAGCCGACGGCGAGUCCCAGAGUGAACCUGGAGCUGAAGAGACAAAAGAUGAUGAGGGAGGACGGACUCAGCCUCAUCAACCAGAUCAGGGAAGCAGAAAAACAAGAUGUCAGCCCGGAGGAGGUGUACGCCGCCCUGUGCGUGUGCGGCGGCAGCAACGUCAACCCCUGUGAUUGGCUGACGUCAGAGCUGCCGCACCUGCUGGAUGAAAUCUGCGCUAUGGCGGCGUCCGUCCAGCUGAACCGAAAGACCGGGGAUUCUGGGACACAAGCCGUGGUGGACAGAGACAGAGAGGAGACGGCGGAGAGCGAACCCAGCGCCACAGUCGAGGACGUGAAGCUGUCCAGAGCCGAGGCCAAGCUGGCGUGGUUAGCGGCGGGAGGAGACACCGACAGAGCCGUGACUCAGCUGCUGAGGGACCGACAGGCCAAGAUGAGGGAGCUCCACUCUCUGGGCUUCAGGGAUGUGACCCAGUGUGAGGAGGCUCUGCGGCUGAGUGGAGGAGAGGUCAAAGGGGCUUUGUCUCUGCUCCAGCGCCCCCUGCUGGAGCCUUUCCACCAGCGUAUCUGGACCACCCAGCUCGAGCCGCCGAUCGAUCCCCAGAACCCGGACAAACAGAGGAUGUGCAGGCGUCUGCUGGCGUUGUACGACCUGCCCAGCUGGGGGCGCUGUGAGCUGGUGCUCGCCUUGCUUCAAGAGCCAGAGGUCACCUACUCCCUGGAGGACGUGGUCCAAGCUGUGAAGGAGUCACAUGACAAGGACUUCAUCAGGCGGCUCCUGAAGAACGAGUGUCCGUGCUGCCUGUGCAUCUUCCCUCGGUGCAAAAUGCAGUCCCUGACCUCCUGUCAGUGCUCGGUGUGUCACGAGUGUUUCGGUCAGCACUUCACCGUGGCGGUGAGAGAUAAACACAUCAGAGACAUGGUGUGUCCCGUCUGUGGAGAGCCCGACAUCAAUGUCCCCGAGCAGCUGGACAGCUACUUCUCCACACUGGACAUACAGCUGCGCGACUGCCUGGAGCCUGAAGUGUACGAUCUGUUUCAUAAGAAGUUGACGGAGCACGCUCUCAUGAAAGAUCCAAAGUUCCUCUGGUGCUGUCACUGCAUCUCUGGGUUCAUCAACGAUGGAGACCAGCUGAAGGUCACGUGUCCUUCAUGUCGCAAGAGCUUUUGUACCCAGUGCAAGAAACCUUGGGAGCCUCAGCACCAGAACCUGUCCUGUGAGCAGUUCCAGCAGUGGAAGAGGGAGAACGACCCCGAGUACCAGAGGCAGGGCCUGGCCGGCUACCUGAGAGACAACGGCAUCACCUGUCCUCACUGCAGGUUCCAGUACGACCUGACCAAAGGCGGCUGCAUGCACUUCUGCUGCUCCCAGUGCAGGUACCAGUUCUGCAGCGGCUGCAACAACCCGUACCACAAGACGGGAUGUAAGACGCCUCAGUGCAGUAUCCCCGGUCUACAUGCACAUCACCCCAGAGACUGUCUCUUCUAUCUGAGAGACUGGGAACCACCGAGGCUCCAGGCCCUGCUGCAGAAGAGCGGAGUGGAGUUCAACACGGAUCCUUCCACUGGGACUCAAACUGACACUUGUGGAGUGAUGGAGCAGAAAGAUGAAGGAGCUGAACACAGCGAUUCACCGUGUGGCCUCAAAACACAGCCAGGACAAGCUGGGCUCUGCGAGAGACACUACCGUGAGUACCUGGUGAGUCUGAUCAACGCUCACUCGGUGGACCCGGCUCUGCAGUACGACACCGUGGAGCUGGUUCGAGCCUGUGAGCGAUACCAGGUGGACGCCCAGCGAGGAGAGAACGAGGACGACAACACGUUCCACGCUCGGCUGCUGCAGAACCUGAGUGAGGUUCCUCUCGGAGAAAAGGUUCCGCGCAACAAAUGAAGAUUCUGCUCAGCGCCUCAGCGCCGGGCUCCGGGAAGAAAGAUCUGAAGAAUCCAAAACCUCGGCCGAGUCGGACUGUUGACGAACGAGAGGUCGAGUCAUCUGAAGAGAACUUUGAGUUGAAGUCACGAGUCCGAUUUCUGUCGUCUCUGUUUUCUAUAAAUCUAUAUAUAUUUUUUCCUCGUUGAUCAUAAAGAGAAAAUUAAUUUUUAAUAAGAAACAAUUCUUGGUUAACUUCUCCUGUUUCUCGCCGGGUCUUAAAAAUGUUGGAACUUUAUCUCAGGUCGUGUGAUGCUUGAUUUAAACUUUACAAAAACUUUAAAACGAAUGUAUCAGUGUUUUAUUUGAAUAUUAUAAGAAUCUGAUUUAUUUUAUGCACAUAAUGUACGUUAACAUUUAUAUAUAUCUGAACAGGGGAAAGGUAUUCUUAAGAAUUAUAUAAACAAAUAUUAUUAUUCACUGUCUGGAGGGUUUUAAUGUUCUCUAUUAACGAUGAAUCAAUCAAACUCAAAUAAACUAUAUGAUUAUUUUGAAA